AUGUACUCGGACGCACACAAACCGCAGUCUGUGAGCGAAAAAAAGGGAAACAAGGACCCGAUGCCGCAGCGGCAACGAAAAGCGCUUGGAUGCUGCCGGAGCGAGAACGCAAUCCAAGGAAGUGGUGUCACUGUCACUCAAUACUACAAGCGUUCCCCCGCCAUUCCCAUAUCCCCUAGCCCUACAGAAACGCCAGUCCCGGUCCCGUUUCCCCAACGAGGAUUCUCCCUCCUCGAAGAGCAGCUCAAGCCCCCUCUAGUUAGACAUGAAUCUACCCACGCACACGAUCAGUGCGAUUCCAAUGGAAUAUGUCAACGACAAAACUCUGCGUCGGCCUUUGCAGAAGACGAAAAGUACCCGGCGGGCGUUUCCCAGACAUUAAGAAAAGAACGACUCAUGGUGCACGAAAGACUUUGGCGUUCGAAACGGACCGAUCCUCGGAAAACGGAUAUCCGACUAGUGAUGACAACGUGCGCAUUGCUAGCUUUUGGGAGUCUGUACACGUAUUACAUGAGUUUGUUGAACAAUUUCGACUACUCCAUUCUGUACAACGAUAUCGGAGUUUCCGUGCCUUUGCCUGUGCUACCCAACUUUACCUCUCUAUUGAUCGCGUCGGGAUCGGACAAGUACAAUAGGCAUCACUACGAGCGAUAUUACGAGCGCUGGCUCGAACCGUAUCGCGAUGUGCCGGGCGUGAAAGUACUCGAAAUUGGCGCUAAUCAAGGACACUCCUUGAAGCUAUGGGAAGACUACUUUGCGGAUCCAGACAUUAUUCUGGGAUUGAAGUAUGGGAACGCCGCCAACGGUAUUGAGAACAAGAUUGUGAACCUCACCAAAGUCUCCCUCUAUACUGGUGACCAGUCCUCCAAGCCCACCAUGGACUACUUGAAUGAGCGCGGACCUUGGCACAUUAUUAUUGAUGAUGGCUCGCAUGUCCCACAGCACGUGAUAUAUUCGUUGGUGCAUUUAUGGGACUCGGUGGCGCCAGGAGGCAUGUAUAUUGUGGAAGACCUGGAAACAAGCUACUGGCGCAACGGUUCCAACGUCUACGACUAUCCUCUUGCUAAUACUGGAGUACUCGCGGACGCCAAUCAUUCCGCAGCGGCCAAGAUUAUGCAACUCCAGCAUAUCUUGGUCCGCCACCAAAUUGGGGCUCGAGACAUGUCGAUCUUUCCCGGAGAUGACACCAUUUGCUCAAUCGAAUGGGGCAUGAACCUGCUGGCCAUUCGUCCUCCAAUCCGAAAGAUUAACGAAUGUCUGUGUCGUAAAGUGCAUAGAGAUAAGAAUAAUUGGACCUUGCAAUCAAUACUUUCAUCCCAUGCCUUGCCUACUUUCCUCACCACAGUCUGCUCUAAAACGAGACGCCUUUUGAACAAUUGCACAGUAGAUAAGCCAGUCAAAGCUAUGCCGCGGCAAAACCUAGUCGUUGAGAUUCAAGCGAUAGUUCCGGAGGAACCGAAAGGGUUUUUGGACGACCCAGACGUGGACGCUGCUGCACCGGCAAUGGAUGCUGGCGCCCCGCAACACUAUUCGCUUCCUCAGCAGAACCGCACCACCGACUCCCCGGUCGUUCUUCAUACAACCAUGUUUGCGUCUACCGCAUCCCUCUGCCUUUGCAUGUUGACGCAUAGUUUCUUACUGAUUUCGGUAUUUCCGUAUUCCGGUUUCAUGGCCGUAGAACUGAUCGAAUCGGUAGACGAAGAAACAGCCGGUGCCUACGCUGGAUUGCUCGCCUCGUGUUUCAUGUGGGGUCGGGCGACGACGGCGUACGGCUGGGGUCAAGUGGCCGACGUAUACGGACGUACCACGGUACUGUAUUGGUCUUUCGCACUUUCGGGGAUCCUCUCGAUCGCCUUUGGACUGUCACCAACGUUUGGAAGUGCCUUGUUCCUCAGAUUCGCUCUCGGUUGUGCGAAUGGGAUCAUGGGAAGUAUUAAGACGAUUGUUUCCGAGAUAUCGGCGGGGAAUGAGGCCUUGGAAACUAAAACCAUGACAAUGGUGAUUGGCAUGUGGGGGUGGGGCUUUCUCGUGUCGCCCGCCUUGUCGGGAAUAUUAGCAGAACCAGUCAAACAGUACCCCGGCGUAGAAUGGCUACAGCGCGAGGGAAUAUGGAACGCAGUGUUAGCCAAACAUCCCUUCUUGUUACCGAAUCUACUCGCGGCGAUUUUUUGUUUGAUAGGCGUCCUGGUAAUUCGAAUGUUUGUUCCCGAAACCUUACCAUUCGGACAACGACGCGACCCGCGACUCUUGCUAUACGAUAUUGGAGCUUGGUGCCAACGGUCGGCCGGGUAUGCAAAAGUGCCGUUGAAUGUGACGCGAUACCAGCUUGUACCGACCCUCAAAACGCACCCAUCCGACUUGGAUCUGAGCAGCAGAAACACAAGGUUUUCAGUUUCUUGUCACAACGCAAUCGACGAGGAUGAUCUUGACGCUGUCCAAACACUAGAGUCCAAUGAACAAGUUGUAUCCUUAUCGACAAACAUUCCUGAAAAGGCGACCAUUUUGUCCUUGCUCUCCCGCAAACCAACACGCACUUGCUUACUCAUAUAUUGGGCCUAUUCGUUUGUCGGUCUGACCGUAGAUGAAUCGUUUCCACUCUUUUGUAUUUCCAAACAGGCAGGGUUUGGACUGUCUGAAUAUCAAAUUGGCCAGAUCUUGUCGCUUUGUGGAUUGUUCUUUGCCGUCUCUCAGUACAGUGUUUACACGACCAUCUACAACCGCUUUGGUCUGUACGGAUCGAUACGCUUUGGAAGCUGCUUUAGUGCACCCGUAAUGUUCCUAAUGCCCUUAUCGGUACUGCUGAAUCGAGGCGCGCCAACCGGUCAUCUCCGCACUUCCGCCUUGGUGUUUUUGUCCACUUGCAUGGCGGCCUACCGGGUGUUUGGGCUCGUGUUUUUCUCGAGCGUUUCCGUGACUAUGAACCGAACCGUGCCUCGUUCGCACCGGGCUACCAUGAACGGCUUAUCCGUCUUGGGAGGGAGCGUCGCAAAAGGCUUGGGGCCCAUUUUUGCCGGCUUUCUCGUUUCGGGGUCCGUGGCGCUUUGGGGAAGCCUGGGAGGAUUGCUCAUUUUCGGCACCAUUGGAUUGAUUGGAUGUGCCGUGGCCGCGACGACUUUUUUCUACCUUCAAGCCAGCGAUUGUGAAGAGUGUGGUCGGGGACACCGACCAAGUUAG